AUGGCCUCCACCCUAAUAGCGGAAUUGCUGGUUGUCAGCCAUGGAAUUACCUGCAAUGGAUGAAGAUGAGGCGAACCAAUGAAGAAUGAGAGUGUUUCGGUGGGAGAAGCGCUCCCAGCCGUGGAGGCCACCCAAGAGAGCUCAUGGGGCGAUGCAGAGGCCACCAGGUCGGCUCCAGCAACAGCUGCAGGAUGCUGUGACGCAGGAGCUUCCAGUGCGACAGUUGCAGCAGCUACUUUCGCGCUGUGCCAGCGCCAGGGAAUAUCCAAGCAGAGAAACCAGUGAGGGCAUGGCUUCCUUGUUGGUUUGGGAAGAUUUCAAGACGCUGCUUGGGCUCGCUCAUGCAGUGAUGCUCCUGCAACGAGGAGCCACGAGGAGGCAGGCUGAAGUGAUGGUGCCCUUGCGGGACUCACUGCUGCACCUAGCCGAGGCACGCGUCCAACACUUGGAGCCAUCAGAAAUCCGGCCCUUGACCUCUUCACUGGCAUCCCUGCCAGGAUCAAGAAACUUCUUGGUUUCAGCUGCGGCACGUUGGCGCAGCCCCACAGAAGUUUUGCAGCCAAAGGAGUGGAGCCUGGUCAUGAAUGCCUUUGCUCGAGGUGGCUUGCCCACAGCGUCCGCACAGGCGCUCCUGCAGCAGAAUUUGGAGAUGCUUGAAGAUGUGAUGAUUGAGAAGACCUGGUCUGCUCGGGACGUGUCGCUGCUGUGCAAUGCUUUGCACAGGUUGAGACCUACUACGUCAGAGGCUGAACGCUUGCACCGGUUCUAUGCACGUGUCUUGGGUAGCUGGGCGAUGGAUCCACCAGACUGUGGACCACAGGAUUUGGCACAGUUGGCUUCGUCUCUUGCAGCAGUUUCUCAGAAGUACCGCUCAGAGGUUGUUCAUGGUUUUCGAGUAUUGCUGCAGCCGUGGACGACUGGGAUGGCUAAAGAGCUGAGUUGGGGCGUCUCUUUGGAAGGGCUUUGUGCCUUGCUGAAUGCUUUGGAGCGCUUGGCGUUGCUGGACUUGAGCUUGGCCAUCAGCCCAGCCGCUGUGCAGCGCGUUUCCCAUGCAAAGCUCUCAGCGAGCCAUUUAGGACACCUUUGUUACAUCUUCUCCAGAUGGCUGGAGCCGAAAUGGGCUUCAGAAGCUGGAGACAGCCUUGAGCCACGUGGCGUACAUGCGCAAGCACCAGCGCCAGCGGCGUGUGAAAUGAGAGCCUUGAGGGUUCAAGUACUUGAGCUCUUCAAGUCCACGCUAUGUCCUGCCAUCGUGGAACUUGCUUCAACGUUCCAACGUCCGAAGAAUGUGGCGCUGACAGCGCUGGCGUUGGCCCGCUUGUGCCGAUCUACGAAGGAUGAGAAGGAUGAGAAGGUUCAGCGCUUGUCCCACGAGGUCGCAGAGUCCUUGUGUCAACAGAGCCUUUUGGACCGAGCUGAACAAUCUGAUUCCGAUUCACUACAGUGGUGCAAUUGGCAGAGCUUGGAUUUGGCACAACUUGCAGAGUCUCUCUCUGCACUACUGACGUCAAGAAUGGACGUGAAGUUGCCAGCGGUGGCCACGUUAUUGUCAUCCAUAUCGAAGUAUCUCUUGGAAGAAGUGGAGAAUAUGCCAAUUCAGCAGGCCAUUCGCAUUGGCGCAGCUGUCGCUCCGACGCUGGAUGGCCCUGAGGUUUGCCACAGGCUCGCACAGGUUGUGGCUGAAAUCAAGUUUGAUUUGCCCAUUCCUGCUGCAGCUCUCUGGUUGCGUACCUUGCAACUGCUCGAGAUGAAUGAGGCAAAUCCUGGUUUGGACGGUUACUAGUAGCUUCCUGGUUUGGAAGGUUUUCUGUGGGUAUUUGAAAGUGGGUUUGUUAGCUCGCGCUGGAAUGACAUGGCAACUCAGAGGCAUCUUUGUGGCAGCCACUUGUUUGGCAACUGCAUCGUAGAUUGGCUUCGACCAAUGAGGACUGCACUUUUUGAAGCUCGCCUGCUCCAAGACAGGAUCUACGGAUAUGGAUAAAUUCAGGUGAUUCACAUUGUUGCCUCUUCAGGAGCAAGAACGCUACUAGGGGCUCCUGGCCUUACUACUAGGAACAAGAAGCUACU